AUGUUGAAUGGCAGUGAAAUAGAUGACAAAUGGUACGCUAAUAAACAUCAAUCGUGCGAAAGAAACGUCGACCUACGGAAGAAAAAAAGCCGUAAUCAUGGUGGAAGAUCUUUAGACAGCCUUCAAAAUUUACGCUUCAUCUUCUUAUUUGAUUGCCUUCUUAAAUUUCAUAAAUCUUAG